GAAGGAAGCGACAGGUGGGCUCAGAGCAGCAGAGAGCGGCUCAGGCCAACAGUCAGCCUGCAGCGAGGCUUUCACCAACCUCACAGGAUCACAUGUAGGACGCUGAGGCUGCAGCAGGGAAUCUCUCAGUGGACGGCUUGCGGCACAGUUCCAGCUCUGAGUUGCAGGACAACAUGAGACGCCUUGGCUCCAACUCAGAAGACCGCUCUCGCCUCACUGCCGCCCUCUCCUGUCUGAAGAGUGCCAAUGACGCAGGUGAUCCGAGGCCUGACUCCUCCAGCUCUGAGCCGCGACGGGACUGUGACGUGUUCUCUCCCAUCAGCCUCCCCCCCAGCUCCGUUAGCCCCUCGGCCCCACUGCAGCCCACCAGCACCCACGGCCGCUCCAUCUCCAUAUCAGUGAUACCUUGUUCGGAUACCCAGAGAGCUAGCGUAGUAACUGAGGACGCCUUCACUCUGGAGCCGAGCCACCCUCGAGCCACUCGAGCCUCAAAGACGCACAGCAGCAAGCCCUCCCACACACCACCACCAGCGUCACGCAAGCUGAUGCAGCUCCUCCCCAACCUUACAAUGACAAGAAGCAAGAGUCAUGAGUCCCAACUGGCCAACCGCAUCGAGGAGCCGGCGACACUCAGAGCCAGGAAGAAGAACAAAGUUUUGGGUGCUCUUCACAUCAACGGCUGUGGUAACAGUCCUGAGGACUCAUCGCUGCGGUCACCGCUGCCGUCUGCCCGAACACCCGGCCCCGUCCCAGCCUCAGCGCCGUACACGAUGCUGGCCACCCCCACCCUGCUGGACAAUGUGAACAUGCACAGGAGUUCCCCUCAGACCAUGAGGAGAGAUAUUGGCCUGGCUGUAACACACAGGUUUUCCACCAAGUCCUGGCUCUCCCAGACGUGCCAAGUGUGUCGCAGGAGCAUGAUGUUUGGUGUCAAGUGCAAACACUGCAAGUUAAAGUGCCACAACAAAUGUACCAAAGAUGUUCCAUCGUGUCGGAUAUCCUUUCUCACGUUGCCGAGGAUGCGGAGGGCAGAAUCAGUGCCAUCAGAUAUCAAUAAUCGAAUUGAUCACACAGCAGAGAUCCCACUGCAGUUUGGCACUUUACCAAAAGCAAUUACAAAAAGGGAGCCUCUCCCCAGUUUGAACCAGCUGGACUCCAGUAGUAACCCGUCAUCAGGCACCUCCUCCACACCUUCGUCUCCAGCACAAAACCCCACCAGUGUCAGCGCCACCCCCCCAACCAACACGUCACCACAGGGCCCCCGGGACAGCCGCUUCCACUUCCCAGAUGUUCCUGCUUCCACACAUACUGCUGCUCAACAGUGUGGCAGCAACAAUGAGUCUGGAGUGUCACAGCUGGCCGCCAGUGAAACUCAGCUAAUGGCAGCGAAGCCAGGAGGGGAGGAGGACUACCCAGCAGAGGACGAGGAAGCAGCUGACCAGAACGGCAGCGAGCGCGGCCUUUCCCCGGAUGCGGGCGCUGAGGACGGCUUGGAGGAGCUGCCUGCUUCCAUAUGCCGCCGUGGGGCCAACGGCCGCCGGAGGGGCAUCUGUCGUAAGGUCAGCCAGAACAGCAUCUACCUGCAGGAGUGGGACAUCCCAUAUGAGCAGCUGCAGCUCGGAGAGCUGAUUGGCAAGGGCCACUGGGGCAAGGUGCACAGGGGUCGCUGGCACGGUGAGGUGGCCAUUCGCCUCCUGGAGAUCGACGGCAACAACCAGGAUCACCUGAAGCUCUUCAAGAAGGAGGUGAUGAACUACAGGCAGACCAGGCACGAGAACGUUAUUCUGUUCAUGGGCGCCUGCAUGGCCCCGCCACACCUCGCCAUCAUCACCAGUUUCUGUCAAGGAGUGACUCUGUACUCUGUUGUAAGAGAAAGAGGUCACAUGCUCGACGUCAAUAUAAUCAGACAGAUUGCGCAGGACAUUGUAACGGGAAUGGGUUAUCUGCAUGCCAAAAACAUAAUUCACAAGGAUCUGAAGUCUAAGAACGUGUUCUACGACACAAACAGGGUGGUCAUCACAGACUUUGGCCUGUUUGGGAUGGCUGGAGUGGUACAGGAAGGCAGAAGGAAGAACGUGUUGAGGAUACCCCGGGGCUGGAUCGACUACCUGGCUCCAGAGAUUGUUCGGAAAAUGAGUCCAGAGGUGACUGAGGACCAGCUGCCGUUCUCCAAAGCUGCUGACGUUUAUGCAUUUGGCACAAUCUUGUAUGAGCUGCAGCUCGGAGACUGGCCAAUGACCAACCUGCCUGCGGAGACUAAAAUCUGGCUAGUGGGCAGCAAUGUGGGCGUGAAGAAGGUGCUGGCAGACGCCAACCUGGGCAAGGAGGUGACGGAGAUCCUGUCCGCCUGCUGGUCCUCUGAAGACGAGAACAGGCCCACCUUCACUCCGCUGGCAGGCAUGCUGGAGAGGCUGCCUAAACUCAAUCGCAGGCUGUCUCACCCUGGACACUUCUGGAAGACGCCUGAGUAGGUACCACAGCAACAGAAGGCAUUGUCAGGACACACAGUGAACCAGCCUACAACACCAUUUACACCAGCAUUAAACAAAAGUCUUCAGCAUUUUAUUUAGUGGAUAGAUGUCUAUGUUUUAAUGUCAUGGAAGCGGAAAUGAGAUGCAAUGGACCAUCAAUCAAAUGGAAAAUGUUGUAAAUAUGAUUUUGUGGAGAAGUGUGAACAUUUUGAGGCUGUCCUGCUGAGUAUCAACUAAUAUAAACCACCUUUUCUAAGGUGACUGCUUGUGAAUGAGGAGAACUGCGGGUCCUGUGUUAAUGUGCCUGUGGGAAGAGCGGUUGCUCCCUUCAUGAUUCCAUCAUCUUCUUUUCCAGACACUUAAAACACAAAAAUGGGAUUUUCCCAUUGGAUUUAGGAUUAUGGAGACUUGUGAACUGUAUCUUGAAUGAUUCUUGUUAUCUUGCACACAGUCAAAUCUGAUACAUUUUCAGUAAUGUAAGUUCUGUAUUCAGAGCUGAUGGACUGUGACAGGUGAGGCCAACGGAGAGGAAGAAGGAUUCUGUUAAGGGGCGCGAAGACAAGCAAGGGGGUCAUGUGACAAGGCGUCCAAGGGCUACUUCUCUGUUCUCGUGUUGAAGUGCGCUAACCACUUCUCAUUAUAUGAAAAUGACUUUAGCGUCCCAUUAACUGCUAUUAAGACGACAUGUCUUUUGUCUUAGUCUCCAUUCUCAGUCAUUACAUUUCAACCGGGGUUUUUUCUUUUAUGUGUGCAAACCGGUUCCUCCUCUGUUCUACUUGCUUUCCAUAAAUGACAAUCUGUAUAUGCAUCUGCAUGUCAGUGGACACUGAUUCAUCCUCGGUGUAGGAAGGCUGAUGGUUUCACCUUGUAUGGCUAGUUCCUAUGAAACCUGCUGGCGGGGAAGUCUGUGGGUGAUCCAGUUGGUCCAUGGUGUCAUUUAUUUCCAGGUGAUGCAUUUUAUAAGUUUGGUGAUUUUUGACUUUUCCUUAGCGUUCUUUGAAAGCAGCACUCAGUACAGCCUCACAGAACUUCCAGCAGGGUUUAGACUCUGUAGUGUUCAACUCUGUGAGCGUCACAAGAAUGUGCCAGUUACCGCCAUGGUACUGUGGUACAUCUCUGAGACCGAGAUCUUCAAAUCUGGACCAGUAAAAACCAACAUCGACAUUUCUUUAGCAUUUUACCGCCCUUCAGAUGCAGCUGGUCCUAAAUGACUGUAAAUUCAGCCCAGUCCUCAGAGGAAAUGUUGGCACUGUCUGCAAACCCCAGAGGCCAUGAAUGUGGACGUUUUAUGUAUUUGGUAAGAGCAAGUGAGGAAGUGCAACAAGCGAGUAUGAAGGUUCUGUAGUUUAGUAAUGAGAAUAAGAAACAAGGGAGUCCACAUCAGGCCGGUGAUGGUGAUGGUGGAUGGUAGCAAUAAAGACAAGUCUUUUUACCCAGAAUGCCACCAUAUGAUAUUGAAAGUAAGAAAGUCUGCUAUGGUGGUUGUUGUUUAUUUACGGGAAUGACUUUGUUACUUCCCAUUGUUACGUUCUGUUGUUCUGUUAUUAAUUUAACACAAAGCAUGAUCUUUUUUCUAACUGUAAGAAAUAGUUGUGUUGCCUGAACACGUGAACUGAGGCUGAUGGUUUACAGCAACGUGUAAUGCGACAUAUUCUCUCUGAUAGCUGGGUUGGAACUUCGGGCCAUUUGGAGUUGUGUUGCUGGAGCAACUCGAAAGAGCAGUCACAUGACAUCCUGCUUUAGUCGGUCAGACGUCAUGAGUGGGUCACACCCACGGAGGUAUCAUGAGAGCUGUUUGUUCAGUCUGACUGAGCAGAACAGUGAGCCGAGGACAAAACUGGAAAUAAGACUCAGAAAAUGAUAUUUAUACAAGUAUGUGUCUUUCCUGUGUACACUCGAGCAAGGGUUUACAUUUAGAGCCUUUUCAUUUGUACUUUAGGCACAUUGAUUGAUUUUCUUGAUGGUCGAGGUUUAAUCUGCAGAGUAUUUUUGUACAGGUUGUGUUGAUACUUUGUAAGCCUCUGGUCUAAACAAUUUAAAAUAUUAAAGCUGAUCUCCAGUGA